CUCUACUCCAAUUGCAAGCGUCGCGUUGUUUUUGCCAACUUGACACGUAACUCCAGCAAAGAGUGGUUUUCGCUACCCAGGUGUCUUCCGUUUCUCUUCGGCAAAACCAAAACAAACAGAUACCGCAGUCAAUCUUGUGAAAUUCAAGUGCGUUGUGGCUGGACAGGUUCGAGAAGCCGAAGGAUUUUUAAUCGCCAGCCGCUAUCAGCAACUCUUCCUUGGGACCUUUUUUCGUGGAUUUCACACUUUUUUGUGCGAUGUAUCGCCAGCGUGGGACGACCAUGAUGCAGCUGCCCAGCAACCGAGGUUGAGGUCUUGACUUGACGACAAUGAAGCUCCCACGGAAGUGACCUCUGCGGAGCCUGGAGCCCAAGGGGGACACUCACUGGUCGUCAUGGCAUCUAGCGAGAGACUCUACGAGGUCUGGAUGCUUUAUUGCACCAAGAGAGACCCAGAAUACUUGAAGCUAUGGCUGGAGACUUUCACCAGCUCCUAUGAGAGAUGCCUCGAUGUGGACUUCGAAAAGCCACCAUCAAGGCCAGAGGAACCCCCACCAGUUUUGAGCUUCCUCCCAGACAACAUCCUGCAGGUUUUGCGCCACCAGCUCCUUCAGUGCGUCCAAAAAGCGCCUGAUGGCCUGGAGCCUGAGCAGCAAAACCUGGCACUACUGCUACUCAAGUUCCUAAUCAUUGUCUGCAGGAACCUUUCCAAUGUGGAGGAGAUAGGCACGUGUUCCUACAUCAACCACAUCAUUGCCAUGACGACACUGUAUAUUCAACAGCUCAAGAGCAAUACCAAAGAGAAGGAGUUGGUGGAUCAGAGCCAGGCAGAGGAGUUUGUCCAUCAUGCACUGGCAUUCUGUGAGGGCCUCUAUGACCCUUAUUGCAACUGGAGGCAUCAAAUCUGCGGGAACCAGCAGGGCACAAUUGAGAGAAGCAGACAGAAGUACAAAGCAGCUCCACUCACUGUGGAAUUUGUUCCCUUCUUUUACCAGUGUUUUCAAGAGAGUGAACACCUUAAGGAGAGCUUAAAAUGUUGUCUACUGCACCUUUUUGGUGCCAUAGUAGCUGGUGACCAGAAGAACGCACUGCUUGCGGUGUCUCCGGCCACCAUGGAGGUUUUGAUGAGGGUGCUGGUUGACUGCUCCAUGGGUAGUUGUUCUUCAGAUGAAGGAGAGGACUGGGACAGUGAUGCCCCUGAUCGGAAAGCAUGUCUUACUUUAGGUUGUUUGAGGGUGGUGGUGCAGUGCCUCCUGACUGCCAGCUCAGACCAGCGGCAGGUGGAAAUUUCCUCUGUGCUAGAAAACUACUUCAAGCUCCUCAACUCGGACCCAGCAGCUUUGGUUGCUGCUCAACAGCAGCAGCAAGCCAAAGGUCGCCUGCUAACACUGGGCAGUCACUGGGAGACCCGCUUUGUGGCACUGCAAGUGCACAUGCUAGACACAAUGAGGGACAUGUUCCUUUGUUCAGACAGGCCAGUUCUACAAGCCAUUUUCCUCAACAGUAAUUGCUUUGAGCAUCUGACACGACUACUCCAGAACAGCAAGCUGGUUAAUGCUAGGUGCACGGCGGCAGACAAGGACCAGAAAGAUAUAACCAACAACAGGUUACUGACAGGAGAAAGAGACACUCAGGUGAUACAAGGACGGCUAGACUCCCUUGCUGUAGCAAGUAUUAAAGCCCUAACUACAGUGAUGCAUAAAUCACCUGCUGCAAAGGAGGUGUUCAAAGAAAGGAUUGGUUAUAAUCAGUUGUAUGAAAUCCUCGUUUCACUCGGCCAGCCAUCUCGACACCUCCUUAAAGAGCUGAUGAACAUGGCGGUGGAGGGUGAGCACACGUCAGUCGGCCUCUUCGGAAUCAGCAAUGUGGAUCCUUUACUCCUGCUUGUCCAGUGGCUCCCAGAAUUGGACUCAUCCGAAUUGCAGAUUUUUGCUGCCGACUGGCUCUUUCGCCUCUCCUCCCUCAAUCGACAGACACGUGCAACUUGUGUAAAUGCUGCUAUGGUCUUGAGAGCACUGGCUGUCCUUGAGUGUCAUCAGCGGCUCCAUCGAGCUUGUGCAGAGAGCCUUUUUCGGUUGGUGGGCUCUCUUGGCUCACAGUCCUUUAGCGCCAGGGAUCUUCUUAGACUCCUGCACCUGCUCAGACUUCCAGAGUACAGCCAAGCACAUCCAUAUCUGGGGCCUGCGCUGAAAGCUCUCCUAGCCAUGGUACGUAAGCAGGGUUUGGAAAGUGCAAUGCAAUACUUUGAUCUGUCACCCAGCAUGGCCGGCAUCGCAGUUCCAACAGUACAGCGCUGGCCGGGCUCUGGCUUCAGCUUCCUAGCCUGGUUUUCUCUGGACCAGGAUCAGUUGGAUUCAAUCAGCAAAGACAAGAGAAAGCAGCUUUACAGCUUUUUUACCUCUGGAGGCACCGGGUUCGAGGCCUUUAUUAGUUCUGCAGGUGCGCUGGUGGUGGCUGUUUGCACAAAAAAGGAAUAUGUCACGGUCAUGCUGCCAGACAACUGCUUCUGUGACUCUCUCUGGCACAGCAUUGGUGUGGUUCACAUACCAGGAAAGAGGCCAUUUGGGCAGAGUCUCGUCUACAUUUAUGUGGACGGACAACAGAAGCUAUCUGCCCCCCUCAAGUACCCUUCCAUGACCGAGCCGUUUACCUCCUGUUGCAUUGGCUCAGCAGGUCACCGGACCACCACUCCCCCACCUUCCCAGAUCCCUGACCCACCCUUCUCAUUAGCCACCUCACCCAGCACACGCUCCUCACUGGGUGGCAUUCUUUCACCACAUACCUGGGGGGGACUUCUGAGCGGAAAGCCUGAGUCUGUGACAAAACUCAUCUCAGCAGGGACCCAGGAUAGUGAGUGGGGAAGCCCCACAUCUUUGCAGGGUCAGCUGGCAAGUGUCAUGGUGUUCCAUGAAGCCCUGCAGCCCUACCACAUCAAAGUCCUCUGUAGUGCUGGUCCAAACUGUGUGUCGCCUAUAAAAGUCCAGGAGUCAGAACUUGGUGACCUUUCAAGCAAACUGCUGGUUCAUUAUUCCCCAAAGGCGUGUCAAAACCCAAUCUGUCUUGAUCUUUCCCCGAACAAACUACAUGGGCGCCUGACUGGGAAGAAAGUUGUUAACUGGGACAUCAAGGAUAUGAUCAAUUGUGUAGGUGGACUUCAAGUGCUGUUUCCUAUACUAGAGCAGUUGGCUCUAACGACCCCUGAUCAACAGAAUAGUGAUGUUUCAAGUGGGUCAGACUUUAUCACCCCAGAUGUGACCACUCCCUCUGAGAGUGAAUGGGUCAUUCUCCCAUCUAACAGGGCUUCGGAAGCGCGCCUGGAGAAGAAUCUGGUGGCUACUUUACUGUUGGUUCUGAAACAUUUUCUACAGAGGCAUGUAAUAAACCAGGAGAAUCUGCUCUAUUCGCAUGCUGUUCCGACUCUGGGAGCCCUGCUGCAGAAGCUUCCUGCAGGACACGUCGAUGUCAAUGUGCUCGUGGCUGUGCAGUUGCUGAUAGAGCAAGUUACAUAUGAGAAGAACCACGGGCUGCUGCAACAACUUCACACACAUCUACUGUUCAACUUUAACAUCUGGAACAAAGGGGACUUCCCUUUACGGAUAGGUCAUAUACAGUAUAUGACAACUGUCAUCAAAGACAACAGGAAACAGUUCCGUAAAAAAUAUGGAGUCCAAUUCCUUUUGGACAGCAUACGUCUCUAUUACGGGAAAAUCAGUAAUAAAGAGAGUGGUCUGGGUGAUGAAGACAUUCUGAACAUCCGGAUAGCGCUCUACGACCUCAUUAAGUACUACAUCAGCAAGGGCAUGUCACAGGAGGAGAUGCACAGUAUUAUUGGUUACAUUGCUGCUAUCGGGGAUGAAGAUCAGAUUUGUGGGCUAUUAGAGAUGUUACUCAGCCUCCUUCAGAACAGCCCGUCCAGGGACCAACUCUUUCUGCUUUUCUUCGAGCCCGGAGCAGCUGACUCCUGCUACACUCUUCUGCUGAACAACAAACACUCCGAUCGCCUUAGAGAACUUGUCUUCAAGCUGUUUGAGCGUAUGUUGCGAUGUGACCGCAUCUAUGAGAAAAACAAGCAGCGUUUGAGGCUAAGGGAGGCGGGUUACAAUGGCCUGUCACUACUUUUCUCUGAUUUUCACAUCACGCCGACGCUCAUUCGUUGUCUCCUCAAUCAGGUCCUCCACACAGAUCAAGUGGUGAACUACAGGGAUCUGAUGGCACUAGUUCAGCUCACUCAUCGAACUGGACCCACGACACGGCUUAUCGUCUGCAAGAGGGUCUACCAGCUCCUUCAGUCCCAACAAGAUGCUGCUUUCCAGAUUUCAAAGCAGCAGUGUUGGCAGGAUACCUUGGUACGUCUCUACCUGCGGGGUGUAGGCUCAUUGCCAUCACGAAGUGCAGACACUGUCAGCACCUGCAGCCUGGACUUGAACCAACCCAGCGGAAGCAAUAAUAACCACCUAGAACUGCCACUACCCCGUAGAACAAGGGCAGCAAGCGCUGGCCGCUUGGACCGCCUCGAGGAUGACUGGCUCAGUAUGGGCGAUACUCGUUCUAUCGACAGCAUGGAGAACAGUGAUGUCAUCUCACUACUGGACACGCCAUCAUCUUCUGCUUCUGCUGAGCCACAAAUCCAAGUCAAGCCCUGGCUAGUGGGGAAAUCCGGGGGCUUGACUCUUGACUUGUCUCACGUGCAGGCCUACGGGGGUGUGGAGAGUGACAGCCAAACACCUGGCAGUAUGCCAAGCACACCCUCUCCACUCGAAGCAUCAAAGCCCUUUCCAGGAAACUCAGGAGGUUUAGAUAAGACUGCCACAUUAACCGAAGACACCUUCCUCUUCAGUGACAAUCUCUCUUUGGGGGAGUCCUUCAGUAAUACUGAGCGGGCCGAGGAGGAAUUGUCGAGCAUGUUGUUGGAGAUUGUGUUGUGUGUAAUGUGGCGUGGAGUUGAAGGUUCUGAUGAUUCGGCAUGGCUGGAGCGUGGUCAAGUCUUUUCAGCUCUCACCAAACUAGGAACGGCUAAUGAAUUGCUACAUCCUGUUGACCAUAUCAAACUCAGUCUCUUGGAACGUAUGUUGGAAUGGGCUGUGACUGACAACCGUGAGGCAUCUGCUGCUACAUUGCCUCAACACACGGAGAAUGCAGUCCGUUUGCUUCACAUAGUACAAGAUUUCCUCCAAGCUGAGGGUCUGAUUAAUCCAGCAUUGUGGACAGAAAAGGUGCUGGAAGAGACUGUGACACUGAUGGACUGUCUCAUGGUAUGGUAUUCUGCUGGCACCCAGUGGUUCCAGCUAUCUCAAGUUGGAGUGAGAUUGUUGCUAGGCUUCAUGGCGCAAGAGGACCCAGAGGUAUGUGCAAUAGCCACAGCCAAGCUCAACUUUAUUCUGCAAAUGAAGGAAGUCUCUAGCCAGGACGAGGCCUGCUACCUCCUGGGAAAGGUUGAGUGCAUCCUGCGGCGCUCUGUCCAGGAUAAGACAGAAGAAACAUACUCAUUCCUUGUUCCACUCUUGCGCACACUCCUCUCCAAAGUUCACCGCCUCCUCUAUAUGGAGCUUCACCUGCCCCAACUGCCUGAUACCAAUGGCAGCCCAUCUUUCUUUGAAGACUUUCAAGUAUACUGUAACUCACCCGAGUGGCGUGUCUAUCUGGACAAAUAUAUUAUUCCAUAUAUGAAGCAAUAUGAAAUUGAGACCUUUAGUCAGGGCCAUGAGACCAUGGCACUCUUUUGGAAGGAGUCCUUUGAGGCCUUCAUGGUCAGCCUACAUAGGCGAGAACGAGAAAGGGGUGAGAGCAAGAUCUGCUUUCAGGAACAUUUUGUAGAACCCUUCUCCCGCCAAAGUCGUCAGGAGAACUUGAGGUACAACAGCAUGUUAAAGCAACAGCAUAGCCAAAACAGCGCCUCUCUAAGGCAGUGGAAGGCAGCUCGCCGGGGGCUUUUUUGUGAGAGGGGUCCCUGGGCUGAAAGGCAGCAACAGAAGAUGCACUGGAAGCUGUCCAGUGCUGAGAACUUUUCCCGCAUGAGGCUGAAAUUGAUCCGUAACUACAACUUCGACCUUUAUAGGGAGGCAAGUGCCCUGCGGGACAACCUUGGUGUUCAUCAGCAGUUUGUCAACCCGGAAUCUUUGUUGCUGGAGGCUGUAAAGCAGGUCAAAGUCACCAACCUUGAAGAUGACAUCUUAGAGUUGCCAGAGGACGACGUGGCGGCAGCAAACAACCAGAUUGAAGCAGAGGAAGCAGGUCAAAAGGAGAAACUGAUUCUAUGGGAAGACUGUCAGCUGGUGACAUUGGUCGACGUGGUACCCGGCCGUCUGGAACUCACGACCCAACACAUCUAUUUCUAUGACAGCAGCCAAGAGAAGGAGGAAGGGGAGGGGCAUGACUUUAAAUGGCCACUAAGUCAGAUCCGAGAGGUGCACCUACGGCGAUAUAAUCUUCGACGCUCUGCUCUGGAGAUCUUCCUUAUUGACCAAACCAACUACUUUCUCAACUUCAAGAAAGAGGCAAGAAAUAAGGUAUAUGAUCGCAUGUUGCUAUUGCGAUCCUUCAGUCUGUAUGGAACACGUUCUCCACAAGAGCUCCUUAAGGCCUCCGGACUAACACAGAAAUGGGUCAACCGGGAGAUUUCCAACUUUGACUACCUGAUGCAACUCAACACAAUUGCUGGCAGAACAUACAAUGACCUGGCUCAGUAUCCAGUGUUUCCCUGGGUUCUGGCAGACUACACCUCUGAGGAGCUGGACCUUUUGGAUCCUCUGGUAUUCAGGGAUUUGUCAAAGCCAGUGGCAGUACAGAAUAACCGCAAUGCUAAGGCUGUUCGAGAAAAGUACGAAAGUUUUGAGGACCCAACAGGAACCAUCGACAAGUUCCACUAUGGGACCCAUUAUUCGAGUGCAGCAGGUGUGAUACACUACCUUAUCAGAGUUGAGCCCUUCACCUCCCUACACAUCCAACUGCAGAGCGGGCGGUUUGAUUGUGCCGACCGCCAGUUCCACUCCAUUCCAGCAACAUGGCUGACUCUCAUGGACAACCCCAAUGAUGUCAAGGAGCUAAUCCCUGAGUUCUUCUACUUCCCAGAGUUUCUUGAAAACCACAAUGACUUUGACCUCGGUCGCCGGCAGAUAACCAAAGAAAAAGUAAAUAAUGUAAUUCUUCCCAAAUGGGCGAAGUCCCCAGAGGACUUCAUCUAUAAACAUCGCAAAGCCCUGGAGUCUGAGUAUGUGUCAGCACACCUUAAUGAGUGGAUUGAUCUGAUCUUUGGUUAUAAGCAAAGGGGGCCUGCAGCAGUUGAGGCCCUCAAUGUUUUCUACUACUGCACAUAUGAAGGGGCAGUUGAUCUCGAUGCUAUCACAGAUGAAAAGGAACGAAAGGCCCUGGAAGGCAUGAUCAGCAACUUUGGCCAGACACCCUGCCAGUUACUCAAGGAGCCCCAUCCAAUUCGUCUUUCUCAGGAGGAAGUUGAGAAGCGGAAGGCGCAGCAAGACUUGUGUCCUCUGGUCAUCUUUGAACACCUUAACAACCUGAAGUCUUUCUUUGUGGAGGGCAUCAGCGACAACGUACCACUGAUUAAAGCUAUCGUUCCAAAGAAUCAGUCCCACUCUUUCAUCAGUCAAGGGAGUCCUGACACUAUGGUAACAGUAAGUCAAAAUUGUCUGUUUGGGACCCAUGGAUGGCUGCCUUACAAUAAGAAUAUCUCCAACUACUUCACCUUCAUUAAGGACCCCACAGUGUCCAAUACCAAGACACAGCGUUUUCUGUCAGGACCUUUUGCUCCCGGUGAGGAGGUAACAACUGGGCUGUUUGUGAUCUCUCACGAUGGAAAGUUGCUCUUCAGUGGUGGCCACUGGGACAACAGCCUCCGAGUCACCUCACUUGUUAAGGGCAAGACUGUCGGGCAGCACAUUCGACACAUGGAUAUUGUAACCUGCCUGUCAACAGACCACUGCAGCAUCCACCUCAUCUCUGGUUCCAGAGACACCACCUGCAUGGUGUGGCAGGUUCUACAGCAGGGGGGUGCUCCAGUAGGUUUACAUCCCAAACCUGUUCAGGUGUUAUAUGGCCACAUUGAUGAGGUGGUCAGUGUCAGUAUCAGCACAGAACUGGACAUGGCUGUGUCUGGAGCACGGGAUGGGGUAGUAAUCAUCCACACAGUGCGCAGAGGUCAGUAUGUGCGCAGCUUGCGACCACCGUGUGACAGCUCCUUGCCCCUGUCUAUCCUCCACCUGGCCAUCUCCUGGGAGGGUCACCUGCUGGUCCACACCUGCCUGGAGGGCAAGGCAACACUAAAAGAUAAAAACACCCUACACCUUUACUCUGUUAAUGGGAAGCACCUUUGCAGUGAACCUCUGAAGGAGCAGAUGACAGACAUGUGCGUUUCUGGAGAGUUUGUCGUUAUCGGCAGCGAGCAGGGAAACUUGUCCAUUCGAGACCUGUACAGUUUAUCGCCAUGUGCGGAGCCCAUGGCCAUGCGGGUUCCUGUGCGCUGUGUAUCGGUCACCAAGGAGCAAAGUCAUAUCCUAGUGGGCCUGCAAGAUGGCAAGCUGAUCAUCGUGGGCGUGGGCAAACCGGCCGAGCUGCGUUCAGGCCACAUCACACGAAAGCUGUGGGGCUCCACCAAGAGGAUGACCAGGAAGUUUUCGGGCGAGUCGGACAACAUCAUCUAGCAUGAGCGCCGUCCCGCCCGCCCUCUCCCUGAUUCCAAACACCCCCCUUCACCCGUCUUCCUGCUCAUGCUCCAUUCGUGUCACCUGCCUCACCUCUGCUGAUGUCAGGUUGCUUCACUCAUCCAAGUGAAAUGUGCUGUAGUUUGGUGUACGUCAUAUUUAAAAGAACUAAGUUUCUUUGCUUUGCACAUGACCAAAUGGCGCUGGCGCCGCAGUUCAGAUCCAGAAGUAGCUGCAGUUUUCAGCAUCAUACCACCACCUCUUCAUAUUGUUUGUUUAUAAUUUCAAGUGACCUUUCUGUUCCCGUCCUUUAGUUUUCCUCGGGUGCAGAGAGUACAGACGUUGCCUCAAUUUGCAGUUAUAUGCAGUGACACAGCAUAUAGCUCACUUUCAAGACCAAAACACUAAAAUUAUCAAUUUAUCAUUUUAGUAUGUUUCAUUGAUCUUAUUGUUGUCCAGCAAAUGCACGUCUGCACCGUCUAGCUUGGCAUUUGCUCAUGUGCUGUGGCAUAAUGGCUUGCUGAAUCGUCACAUAGCCGUGCAAUCAUAACGUGGACCUUUAAUGGCAGACUUCUAGAGAUAGCUUAAGCAGUCUUCUUAUUGAAUGUUUUUAAGUUAUGAAGACAACUUGUUGAUUUAUAGGAAAAGUAGCAUCUUGUAAUCACUUUGUUUCAAGCGUUGUUUAAGGAUUCUCCAAGGGCUCCACCAGUUUUUAAAAGCAAUACUUUGUUAGGUGCUUUUUUUUUUUUUGUCCUCUUUUGCCGGCUCGCAUCAUUUCACCUCCUUGCGCCUUUUGUCUUCCUGGCACCACCCUCUCACCACAGGUGUUCGCUGUUGCCAUUGCUUCGAUUUAUUUCUUUAAAUCACACUACACGUCCUUCCUGUCACCAGGGUACAUAUUACACCAAGUGUUUUUGUCGUUUUGUACACAGCCAUAUUGAAGAUCCUAUAGAGACUGUCAUCAACAUUGUGUGUGUGUGUGUGUGUGUGUGUGUGUGUGCGCGUGUGUGCGUGCAUUCCUGCCUUUUCAGUGUUUGGAAAGGGACAUCCCAAGGGAGACUUCAAUUUACCGUGCGCGUGUGUGUGAGCAGUUAGUGUAAGGGCAUGUUAUUGGUGACAGCUGUUUGUGUUACUAAGCCAAAAUGUCUAUCCGACACAUUGACACAGUCUUUUGAUUCUGUGAUUUGUUUCGUACAACCACAUCCAAUAUCACAUUCUAAGACUUUCAACAAACGGAGUGCCUUUAUUUCAGGAUGGUUCUCAUCGUUUCGGUAUUACUAGGAGGAAGAGACUUUAAGACAAAUAACCUAGACAUAGUGUUGUAUCUUAGCAUCAUUUUCUGUGACAGUCAUCAAAUCGAUAUGUGUAUAUCUGUGAUUAUUUAUGAAUACAAUAUAAAUGUCAAAUGUAUAGCAUGAUUUCGAUUAUUUCUGUUUAUCAAAUGUACUUUUUGCACUUUCCAGGUACUCGUAUUGUAAACAAUUGUUUUAAAUUUGGUCCCUAAACUGUACAUAAUUGCUUUGUAAACACAUACAUGGAACAUGAUCAUUAAAGCGUCUGGA